GGGAUGAGGCUGACGGACUGAGCCAGCCUGGUGGCGGCAGGAGGGGUCGGCUCGAAGCACCAGAGAGACGAGCAGCCAGGUUCCUAGAGCGGCACGGAGUUUGCGCGCAGCGACUCGGCUGCUGGAGCGGCGCGGGGAGAAACCUUGGAGACUGGGCCCCCAAAUCCCGACGGCAGGAAGCCGGGAUGUGCCGGCCUCCGCUGUCCACUUCGGGUCCGUUAACCCCCAGUUAGACACGCACUUGCCGAGUGCCUGCUGUAUGCCCAGCGGUAAGUGCUGGGGAGAAAUACGUUCUGGGCCUGCCGGAGGCCCUAGAACUGGCAUCGCAGUACAGCUACCUGUGUCUGACAGUAUUGGCUGAAUACCUGAUACGCCCCCGACGAGACUCUGUAGAGGCUGUAUGUGGGAACUCCUGGGCCCCAGGGAUUGACCCUAUGCUGCACAGCAGCAACCAGAGCCACAGUGGUGAGAAGGCAGGAACCUCAACCCACUAGGCCAUCAGAGAACUCCCUGGAAAAACAUUUCUGAAGCGUAGACCCCAGCUAAGUGAACGUUUUUUCAGCCUUGAAGCUCAACAUGGAUGAAGCUUUGCCAGGCCCCGCUCCUGAAGGUGGAGUCAGCCUUGUGAAAGUGAAGGAGGAAGAUCCCGCAUGGGAGCAGAUGUGCAGCUCACAGGAGAGCAGUUCUCAUACUCUGGAGCUUCGCCGCCUGCGCUUCCGGCAGUUCGGCUACCAGGAGGUAACCAGGCCGCGGGAGGCCCUGGCCAAACUCCGAGAACUUUGCCAUCAGUGGUUGAGGCCAGAGACACACACCAAGGAGCAGAUCCUGGAGCUGCUGGUGCUGGAGCAGUUCCUGACCAUCCUGCCCAAAGAGCUCCAGGCCCGGGUGCAGGCGUAUCCUCUGGAGAGUGGGGAGGAUGCCGUGACAGUGCUGGAGAAUCUAGAGAAAGACAUGGGAGACUCGGAACAGCAGGCUUCUGUCUACACUCAGGGACAGGAUAUGCACCUACUGGUGACAGAAUAUCAAGGAGCCUCUCUGGAGUGUCAGAGCCCCCUGCUCCUGCCUGGGGUAACCACCUUGAAGUGUGAACCUUCAGAGCUCACCCAAGAAGUGAGUGGGCCUGCCCACCGGGAACCAGCCCUGCUCCAGGAGGAGAAUCCCAGAGACCAGGCCGCAGUUCCUGAGCUGAACUCAGCCACGUCCCAGACAUCAGUGAAGACUGAGGAAGAAGCAGCCCAGGCCCUUGUCCCAGGAGAAUGGCCACAUCUGAAUCUGGCUCAAAGGAAUCUCCAUGGGAACUCAGCUCAGGAGAAGGUUACAAAUCUGAGUCUGAUGACUGAAGAAGUAGUAACUAAAGAUGGAUUGUUUAAUCCAAAGCAAGAAACUUCUGAAGAAAUGGAACCAGGUGCUGAGGCCUCAGGAAUAGCCAACAGAGAUUGCACACCCCAGGCCCCUUGUGGAACUUCUGUCCCUGUUGAAAGGACAGUUGUGCGUUUGAAUACUCUGAAGGACCGUCACCCAGGCGACUUGUGGGCUCGGAUGCACGUCUCAUCCUUGGAAUAUGCUGCAGGAGACAUUACUCGAAAAGGGAGAAAAAAAGACAAAGCUCGAGUGAGUGAACUACUCCAAGGCCUCGCAUUUUCUGGUGACUCAGAUGUGGAAGAGGAUAAUGAGCCAGAAACCCAGCCUGCCUCCAAACGGCUAAAAGUAUCAAGUGUCCCAGAGAAGAACUGGACCAAAAGAGACAUUAAACCCAACUUUCCAAGCUGGUCAGCCCUGGAUUCUGGACUUUUGAAUCUCAAGAGUGAAAAGUUGAACCCAGUAGAGCUCUUUGAGUUAUUUUUUGAUGAUGAAACAUUCAACUUGAUUGUCAGUGAAACUAAUAAUUAUGCUUCUCAGAAAAAUGUCAACUUGGAAGUCACAGUUCAGGAAAUAAGGUGUGUGUUUGGUGUCCUGCUUUUGAGUGGACUUGUGAGGCGUCCUCAACGGGGAAUGUAUUGGGAAAUGUCUGAUGUCGAUCAGAACCUGGUUAAAGAUGCAAUCAGAAGGGACAGAUUUGAAUUGAUUUUCUCAUACCUGCAUUUUGCAGAUAAUAGCCACCUAGAUCAAAAAGAUAAAUUUACAAAAUUGAGGCCUCUCAUAAAGCAAAUGAAUAAAAAUUUUCUUCUAUAUGCUCCCCUCGAAGAAUACUAUUGUUUUGACAAGACAAUGUGUGAGUGCUUUGAUAGUGACCAAUUGCUGAAUGGGAAACCUAUUAAAAUUGGCUAUAAAAUUUGGUGUGGUACAACCACACAGGGUUAUCUAGUUUGGUUUGAGCCCUAUCAAGAAGAAUUAACUAUGAUGGCAGGUAAGGAUCUUGAUCUUGGUUUAGGUGGAAAUCUAGUGAUGAAUUUUGCUGAUGUUCUUUUAGAGAGAGGUCAAUAUCCCUAUCACCUGUGUUUUGAUAGCUUCUUUACAAGUGUCAAAUUGAUGUCAGCCUUGAAGAAGAAAGGAGUGAGAGCAACAGGAACAAUUCGUGAGAACAGGACUGAAAAAUGUCCCCUUAUGAAUGCAGAACAUAUGAAAAAAAUGAAGAAGGGGUAUUUUGAUUUCCGAGUAGAAGAAAAUGAUGAGAUAAUUUUGUGUCGUUGGCAUGGUGAAGGUGUUAUCAGUCUGUGCUCCAACGCUGUUGGCAUAGAGCCAGUCAAUGAGAUAUGUUGUUUUGCUGAUGACGAGGAGAUCCCUGAGAUAAGUCAACCGUCUAUAGUGAAACUGUAUGAUGAAUGCAGGGAAGGCAUAGCAAAAAUGGAACAGAUCAUUUCCAAGUAUAGGGUGAGAAUAAGAAGCAAAAAGUGGUACUCAGUUUUGGUAAGCUACAUGAUUGAUGUAGCCAUGAGCAAUGCAUGGCACCUACACAAAGCCUGUAACCCAGGUGCCUCUCUAGACCUUGGGGAUUUUCAGAGAUGUGUGGCACGUUUCUACUUGGAGCACAAUGCAAAUAUAUCAGAUGAAGGCAGGUAAAACAUCCACAAUGGAAACAUUAAUAAAACAGAAAAAAUCACAACACCACAUCAGAUUGUACCCAAAGCAAACCUAAUGUAUGUAAGUUGUACAAGGAAAUUAUAAAGUAAUAUUUUUAAAAUUUUAUGUAGAGUUUAAAAAACUUACAACAAGUAAUGUUAAAAAUGAUCUAUAAAAAUAUUGAAUAUCCAUUGGUAACUUUAUCUGUAAUUUUGAUGUUAAAUAUUGGGAAAUUAGUUGAAUUGAUUGGUUACUUUGUGCACUUAGAGAACAAAACCCUGCCUCUUCCCCCACCCCUGGUGGUUUUCUCUGGGGAAUGCCCUAUUAUUUU